AUCCCACAGACAAUGAGCAACAUUUAUGAGUCUGCUGCCAACUCCUUGGGCCUGUUCAACAGCCCCUGUCUGACCAAAGUGGAGCUGCGUGUGGCCUGUAAAGGCAUUUCAGACAGAGAUGCCCUCUCCAGGCCCGACCCUUGUGUGGUCCUCAAAAUGCAGUCCCAUGGCCAGUGGCUGGAGGUGGACAGAACAGAAGUGAUUCGUAGCUGUAUAAAUCCCACGUUUUCUAAAGUCUUCACGGUGGACUUUUACUUUGAAGAGGUCCAGCGGCUACGCUACGAGCUGUACGACAUAAGCAGCAGUCAUAAUGGAGUUAAGGAGGCGGAUUUUCUCGGGGCUAUGGAAUGCACACUCGGACAAAUUGUGUCCCAGAGAAAAUUCUCCAAAGCCUUACUCAAGCAGGGCAACACAGUGGGGAAGUCCUCCAUUACGAUCAUUGCCGAGGAGUUGUCCGGAAACGACGACUACGUGGAGCUUUCUUUCAGUGCCAGGAAACUUGAUGACAAGGACUUUUUCAGCAAGUCAGAUCCAUUUUUGGAGAUUUACAGGGUGAAUGAUGACAAUACUCAGCAACUAGUGCACAGAACUGAGACUGUCAUGAACAACCUCAACCCAGUGUGGAAAACUUUUAAGGUCUCUCUGAACUCCCUCUGCAGUGGGGACCACAACAGAAUCCUAAAGUGCACGGUAUGGGACUGGGACUCGAAUGGGAAGCAUGAUUUCAUUGGUGAAUUUGAGGCAACAUUUAAGGAGAUGCGGGGUGCAAUGGAUGGAAGACAGGUUCAGUGGGAAUGCAUAAACCCCAAAUAUAAGGUCAAGAAGAAGAAUUACAAGAACUCUGGGAUUGUCAUUUUGAAUCAGUGCAAGAUUAUAAAGAUGCAUUCCUUCCUGGAUUACAUAAUGGGAGGCUGCCAGAUCCAGUUUACAGUAGCUAUCGAUUUUACAGCCUCUAAUGGGGAUCCAAGGAACAGCUGCUCAUUGCACUACAUCCACCCCUACCAGCCUAACGAGUAUCUGAAAGCCCUGGUCGCAGUGGGGGAAAUCUGCCAGGAUUAUGACAGUGACAAAAUGUUUCCCGCCUUUGGUUUUGGUGCACGGAUACCUCCUGACUUCAAGGUUUCACAUGAUUUUGCUGUGAACUUCAAUGAAGACAACCCAGAAUGUGCAGGUAUCCAGGGAGUGGUGGAGGCCUAUCAAAAUUGCCUUCCCAAGAUUCAACUGUAUGGCCCCACUAAUAUUGCUCCCAUCAUCCAGAAAGUGGCCCAAUCUGCCUCUGAGGAGAUGCACACCAAGGAGGCCAUGCAAUACUUCAUCCUGCUUAUCCUUACGGAUGGGGUCAUCACAGACAUGGCUGACACCAGAGAAGCCAUUGUUCACGCCUCUCACUUGCCUAUGUCGGUCAUCAUUGUUGGUGUGGGCAAUGCUGACUUCAGUGACAUGCAAAUGCUGGAUGGGGAUGAUGGUAUCCUCCGCUCUCCUAAAGGAGAGCCCGUGUUGCGUGACAUCGUUCAGUUUGUUCCAUUCCGCAACUUCAAACAUGCUUCUCCUGCAGCAUUGGCAAAAAGUGUCUUAGCAGAAGUGCCCAACCAGGUUGUGGACUACUACAACAGUAAAGGGAUCAAGCCCAAAUGUCCAAGCGAGUAUGAGUCUUCCAGGACAUUUGGUCACUAA